CCCACGCUUUUCCAGCAUCCGAUAAUUUAGAUUUGUAAUGUCAGAAGCGCUCCCGAACUCGUUUUAUUUGUUUAACAACUUCGCAACUUUUGGAUGUCAGUCAGAGAUACACGGUCGCAUUAAUUACCUACUGUUCCAGUGGUGCCAUACACGUACAGCAGACAACACUCUCCGCAAUGCAUUCGAAAUAAGGCAGGAAAAGAAUGGGAGCCCCGAAAACAGAUCAGCGUCGAUCAUGCGUUCGUCCUCCACAUUUAGAUAUACUAUGGCUGCCCCGAACGGCAAUGCGUUCCGUAGAAGGUGACCCAUCGGAUUGCGUACUAGUGGUUGGGGUAUCUCGCCCCAAAAUGGCCGCAGCAAUUCUAGUCGUGAUGCUAUUAUCUCUCUUCCUAACCUUUCACAUGCUAUACGAUAGCGCUCUUCACACCUUUCAAGCUUCAAGUAUCGAACGUCCUCGUCCACCCCUACUUCUGCUAUCAAGACGACUGUAUCCAACGGCCGCACGACGACUACCCCAAGCUAUCAUAAUUGGUGUUCGAAAGUGUGGCACGAGAGCGCUACUCGAAAUGCUAUACCUACAUCCGAUGGUCCAAAAGGCGGCUGGAGAGGUUCAUUUUUUUGACAGGGACGAAAACUAUAACAGGGGUCUCGAAUGGUACCGAAUGAAAAUGCCGCAUUCGUAUCAGGGUCAAAUUACUAUUGAAAAAAGUCCGAGCUACUUCGUUACACCUGAGGUACCAGAAAGGAUAAGGGCGAUGAACGCGAGCGUGAAACUUAUAUUAAUAGUUAGGGAGCCGGUAACGAGAGCAAUUUCGGACUAUACGCAAUUAAGGACUCACGCCGCGACGGCAUCGACGGUAACUCCAAGUUCGUCAUCUCAGCGAGCCUUUGAGCAGCUUGCGUUGAUGUCAAACGGAUCUAUAAACGAGCAGUACAGACCUCUGGCUAUCUCGAUAUAUCACAACUACGUUCACAGAUGGUUAGAAGUUUUCCCGAGGGAACAAAUCCUAGUCGUUAACGGAGAUUUACUAAUAGAAGAUCCGGUGCCCCAGUUACAGAAGAUUGAGAAAUUUCUCGGGCUGGAAUCCCGAAUAGGAACGCAUAAUUUUUAUUUCAACGAAACCAAGGGGUUUUAUUGUUUAAGAAACGAGACUUCCGACAGGUGCUUGCGAGAGAGUAAAGGCAGGCGACAUCCCAGAGUCGAUCCAUUUGUUGUUUCCAAACUGAGAAGGUAUUUCGGCGAGCAUAAUCAGAAAUUUUACGAACUAAUUGGGGAAGAUCUGGGAUGGCCCGAGGAGUAACCUUAGUUCUCAUUUAGUACCCGUACUUAAAUUUUUUAUCGCACUGGGUCAUGCAUACUGAUUUCUCUUAUUAUCCCCACGCGGACGUUUUUCGGUUGCGUGAUUAAGUUUUCCGCUGGCAUGUCUACCGGUAGUACAACAUCAUUGGUAAGUAUUUAAGAUAAAUUACGCCAAAAAUCCCGAGCGCGCAACGAUUUAGGUACUGCUUCCUUAGCGUUUAGAUCGUGUUAUCAAAUGGGACUAGUAGAAAAUUUAGAUGUAGCUGUAAGUGAAAUUAUCACCUUUAAUUAUUUAUUUAUUUACGUUAAGGAAAUCGAGCAAUUUGUCAACUUGAAGGAAGUGUUAGGGCGGAAAUUGCAUUUCCUAUCGUAAACACUCGCAGAAAGCAACAAGAAACAUUUAGUUUUAAAUGAAAUCGCUCAGAUGGAAACAAGCCGCGCUUUAUUUUAUUCUCCAGGAAAUUCACAAUUUUUUUCCUUCUCUUCUCCAAUAGUAUGCCUUGCAGUAUUUGCAUUUUUUCCCCGUUAAUGAAAUUCUCUUCGUGCUCAUUAAGUACGUUUACUAUUUGAAUUGAAAAUUAGUGCAGGGCAAAAAGAGGUUACAGCACAAAUGACUUGGAACUCAAAUAUUAAUUAAUUCAGGUAUACAUUUUGACAUACAUUCGCCGUUUGCAAAAAACAUCGGCACAAGUCAAAUAAUGAAAUUACAUACCGAAUAUCUUUAUUUUAUCCCUUAAUUCAGUUCAGGCGAAGGAAAAUCUAACCAAAGGGUGCAAAAAACGAAAGAAUCUCCACCCCAAGACCAUGAAAAUUAAUCUCCAGUGUGACAAGCGCGGAAAAAUUGCGAUGUAAUACAGUACGACCGCAUUAGAAGUGUCUUUGGAAUUCGAAUAUUACAUUACCUCUUUUCUGAAGCGAUUUUGCCAGGGACCCUGACCGGACCGAAAUAGAACCGUAAACCGGACCGAAACCGGUAUUGAGAACCGGAACCCUUAUUAUUUUUGUCGGUUCUUUUCGGUUGUUUACGGCUCAUAACAUGUUCUUAGAAGUUGAAGGAGAACCGGCAAACACGUCCUGAAAAUUGUUAAAUAUUACUCUAUGAUUGCCAUAGGUAGAUUAUAAAUUUUUAAUAAGAUGGCGAAAUUGAAGGCAGCACAGGUGGCGGUGACUGUAAUUUAGGCACUACUGUAAACAUAAAUAAUAAAAGGUGGAGCGAGGUUUUAGAAAAUAAAAAUAAAAAACAUACUCCAUACAUAAUUUUUUGACACAAGUUUUUGGUGUAUUUUUUUUGUUUUGUAUGAAUACAUAAUAAUAAUUUUUAAAAAAUGAAAAAAGGUUUUCGUCAUAAGACGGUCAAUUUAUGUAUACAAAGGGAAAUAAAAUAUAGCCUCAAUAUUUUUAUAAAUAAAAAAUUGCGCAUACGCACACUUGAUUUUUAAAAUUUGCGAUAUGUUUGCCUUUACUAGAAGCAUCUAUGGUUAAAACUUCAAAAAAAUAUAGCCUUAAAUAAGAGAGUGGACAUUGCCCAGUUUGCGCAGGCACACAUCUGAUUUUUACAAUAUGCGAUAUGCUUGUCUGUACUAUAAGAAGCAUCUGUGUUCAGAUUUCAAAAAGAUAUUCCUAUAAAUAAGGAAGUGAGAAAGUGGCCAUAAUAGCGCGGGGUGGGGGCCAGAGCGGUUUAAUACUUGUAGACCUAUACACUUGUAAUGGAAAACAAUUGAAUUUUUUUAAUAGCAAUGUACCCUUUCAUUGGGCUCAUUUGAUAGAGAUUUUUUUUCUCUUUUCAAUGACGUAACAUGUUAGCACCCUUAUGCAAGGAAUUAGAUUUUUUUUCACGCUUCUCGUGAUAGUGAUAUUUAAUGGCGAACGUUUUGAACCAUUUUACUGGUAACGUCUUCAAGGUUUAAUAAGAAACAUACACGUUCAUCUGUUUUAUUUUCAUGUAGG